AUGUAUAGCUCUAAGGAGGAACGUACAAAAAAACUUUCGGAUGCUAUUAAAACCAUUAUAGAAUGUAUCGGUGAAGAUCCUAAACGUCAAGGAUUGCUGAAAACACCUGAUAGAUGUGCUCAAGCGUUAUUGUUCUUUUCUAAAGGUUAUGAAGAGAGUGUUGAACAAAUUGUUAAUGGUGCGAUCUUCGAAGAAGAUCAUGACGAAAUGGUCAUUGUUAAAAAUAUAGAUGUAUUUUCUAUAUGUGAACAUCAUUUAGUCCCGUUUACUGGGAAGAUCAGUAUAGGUUACAUUCCAAAUCGUCGUGUGCUCGGUUUAUCGAAACUCGCCCGAAUCGCUGAAAUGUUUUCGAGACGGCUUCAACUUCAAGAACGUUUAACAAAACAGAUCGCUGUCUCUUUACAAGAAAUACUAAAACCUCAAGGUGUAGCUGUUGUGAUGGAAGCUACUCAUUUAUGCAUGGUGAUGCGUGGAGUAGAGAAACCUGGAAGUUCUACUACCACAAGUGUCAUGCUUGGUGUAUUUAGAGAACAGGCGAAAACUAGAGAGGAAUUUUUAACAUUAAUUAAAAACUAA